AUGCUCUCCUCGAUGAGCAGCUCGUUGAUGGAGAAAAUGCAUAAAGUGCAUGAAUCGACCUCGUCGAUCACUUCAUCGCUCGCAUCGCAAAUGAGCGAAGAAUUGUGUCCGUUUGAGGACAAAUUUCGGCGGCUUUCAUUGAGUACGCGAAAGAUCUCGCGAGAAAGCGGACGCCGACUCUCACAUAUGAUCUCGAAAAUGGGUGAAACGAUAGAGCAAGAGAUCAUUGGCGAAAAACCCCAGGCUCCCCUCUUUGGCACGUCGUAUUUAAACCGAGAAUGGGAGAUUGUCACUGUGAAAGAAAUGUGCAGACGAUUGUCGCUGGAUGAGAUUGAUCACAUUGAGAUGCCGAUCCCAGAAGGAGCCGAGACUUCCCAAGUGCUCGAUGAGCUCAUGAUUCGACAGGUGAUGGAAAUCCUGCCAGCUCGUGCCGAGGGUUACCCGUGGGUCCAAAUCUACAACUCCGAGAAGCACGGCUUCAGUCUCGCAACCUUGUAUAGAAAAAUGGUUGAAUUUGACGAGGAUAUGUCGCCGGUUCUUCUCAUCAUUCGAGACACAAACGAUCAUGUUUUUGGAGCGAUCGUUUCUUCAGCAAUCCGACCACAUGAGGGCUAUUGGGGCACGGGUGACUCGUGCCUUUUAUGGAAAUUCACCGGUGAAGUCCCACAUACAAGAGAACUUCGGCAUUUCACAUGGACCGGCGACAAUCAAUUCUUCGUCAACGCCGCCAAAGAGAGUCUCUCGAUUGGAGCCGGUGGUGGACAUCAGGGAUUGUGGCUGGAUGCCGAUUUGAACCACGGUCGAUCACAGAAAUGCGUGACAUUCGACAAUGAGCCGUUGGCCGGCGACAAAGAAGACUUUAUCAUUCAAUUCUGUGAGGCGUUCGGUUUUCGAAUG